AUGUUCUUCAGUAGGCUCACCCUCGGUUUCCUCCUCGUCACGGUCGCCGCGUUCUUCUGCGCGCAGUCCGUCGAGGCUGCCAAGGGUCCCAGGAUCACCCACAAGGUCUACUUCGACAUCAAGCAUGGCGACAAGGACAUGGGCCGAGUUGUGCUUGGUCUGUACGGCGGCACUGUCCCCAAAACCGCGGAGAACUUCCGCGCUCUUGCCACCGGUGUCAAGAAGGACGGAACCGCUCUCCCAGAGGGCUUCGGCUACAAGGGCUCGAAGUUCCACCGUGUCAUCAAGAGCUUCAUGAUCCAGGGUGGUGACUUCACCCGUGGUGACGGCACUGGCGGCAAGUCCAUCUACGGCGACCGGUUCGCGGAUGAGAACUUCAAGCUCCGCCACACUCGCCCCGGGCUUCUCUCCAUGGCUAACGCGGGCAAGGACACCAACGGCUCCCAAUUCUUCAUCACCACGGUCAUCACAAGCUGGCUGGACGGAAGACACGUUGUCUUUGGCGAGGUUCUCGAGGGUAUGGACAUCGUCUACGCUAUUGAGGACGUGCCCAAGGGUGCCCAGGACCGCCCUGUCGAGGAUGUCGUCAUCGCGGACUCUGGCGAGCUCCCCGUUGAGUCUGCCACCACUGAGUCCAAAGAGGUACCUACCCACGCUGAGCUCUAA